AUGAGGUGUACCUGGAGGUGCCUUAACCUGUUGAUCGUUUUUUAUGUACUUUUUUCCAAACAUACAAUGUGCCUGAGAAAAAAGCUGCUGUUUAACUUCCUGGGGAAGGGAAAAGUUGUGCUGCUGGUGAAUGUGAGGAGAAAAAGUGUAAUUCGCGUGAGUAACUGCUACGUGAAUAAUUUGAUAUACACGAGGGAGGAUGACAUAUAUAGGAUAAACCAGGUGGAGAAGGCAGCAGAUAAGCUGGGCAUGCCGGAUGUGGUGGGUAGGUCUACCGGUGCGUUGAUCGAUGAGUCUGCCGAUGGGGUGAGCAUCAUCUCGAACAGUAAUUUGGACAAUUCUGACAAUUUAACAGAUGAAGGAAGGGACCACCGACUGGAUGACAACACUGCUGGACGGAACGACGGUGCGCUCCCCCAGAACCAGUUCGAACCGUCCGACUACGAACUGCAGCUCUACAAGAACAAGUGGAAAAUCCCCAUUUACUGGAUAAGAAAAUUGGAAAGGCUAAAAAAUAUGAACGCCAUAAAUUGCAUAGACCAUUUAAAGGAUGAUAAUUUGCUCUACUUUGAUAACUACAAAAAUAAAGGUUUGCUAAAAUUUUUAAAUGAAGAAAAAAAAAAAUACAGUAACUGCAUAAUUUUGGUAAGGGUAGGAGAUUUUUACGAAACCUAUGGGUUGGAUUGCAUAUUCCUAAUAGAAUUUCUAAACAUAAAAAAAAUGAACAACAAAUUAUCGUGUGGGUUUAUCAAGACAAGCAUCAACAAAGCGUUACACAUCCUGACCAGUAACAAUUUAAAUGUGUGUGUGUAUGAGGAGAUGAAUGAGAAAUCCUUGAAAAUGAAGAAGAGGUACCUUUCGCAGAUUGUAACUCCUGAGUUUCCCAUUUAUCUGAACAACAUACAGUACUGUCAGGGGGAAGGCAGCAACAUGGAGGAGUCCACCGAUAAGGGGAACAACCUCCUUUUCCAGACGUACGACUUGGAGGACCACUUUGUGGUAAAGGAGAUUGUCUGCAUUUACAUCGAAAGUAGGAAUAUUUUUUCCCUCUGCAAAAUUAACCUGAGCUUGAAAACCAUUUCCAUCUUUGACAACAUAACUUUCGAUGUGCUAAACGUUUAUUUGAAAAAUACCAACUUUUUAAAGGCGUACAUUCAUCAGCACAAUAAUUCUAGUUUUACGAAAAAAAUUACCCAACUGUUUAGGGUCGAAAAUUACUACCUUUUUAGCAACUUUUCUAGUAGUAUGCGUUUUCAUUUGUUCAUUUUGGACAAACUGAAGAGGCAGAUAAACGUGGGGGGCCUCUUCAGGCUGAUAAGGAACAAAAGCGUUUUUCACAUUAAGGGGGGUAACAAUGUUGAGAGGGAUAACUGCCCCUCAUCGGGGAAGCCCACCACAGAUGAGCAUACAUACUACUCCUAUUGCACCCCGCUGAAUAUCUUCACCAGUUACAACAUGGGCGUGUAUAGGCAGAAUAACUGCUACGAUAACAGGAGCAGUUACCUCUUCUACAACAUAGUGGAUGUUUCGAAUAGUGACUCCAACAGUAUUAACAUUAACGAGUCGAUGGAGUUUUUUAAAAACAUUUUUCUUUUCUAUCCCCCAUUUGAAGUCACAAAACAUAUAAGGUACAUAAAUGAGUACAUCCAAACGAAUCAGCAAAAUUUAGUCAUCCCAAACGUUAGACCUUUUAGAAAUAACCUCAUUGUAACUCUCCUGUCUAACUUAAAAGCUGACCAUACAACAUUGAAGAAAAUAUUUACCAACGUGCAGGCAGUACAAAAGUGCAUGAACCGGUUUGAGUACUCCCUCUUGACAUCUAUUUUUCGAGUGAUGAAUCACCAGAAUAGCUUUAAUCUACAUGUUGUAAAAUUUUACCAUCUGUUGAAAAAUAUUGAAAACAUUUUGGCCACCAAUUUGGAAAUACAUCCUUCCAAUUUUUUUUACCAGUCUGAAAUUCCCGCCUUUAAUGAGUUCGUUUCUUAUCACGAAAGUGAAGUGCAUAAUUUGGUCAACGAGAAAUUGCUUAUCCGGGAGAAUGAAGAGAUCGUAUCUGCCAGGAGGGAUUUACUCGAAAGCGUCAUCAAAGAUUAUGCCGAUGUUGAUGUUGAUGCUGGUGGGGAGGGGAAAAAAUACGACUUAGAUGCUCUACAGAAGAUGGUAAAAGUGGACAACACGAAUGACAUUAUUGGGAUAAAGAAGAAAAAGAAAAAUUUCCAAUCUUCUCACUUCUUUCACCCGUUGAAUAAAAAAUCCGACGUGAUGAAAAACGUUUAUGUGACCGAACACGUGCAGAGGAAAGUAAAAAACUACUUGUCUUCCAUUGACCGGAAGAGGCGCCGAAUCGGUGACAUAAUCCGAGGAGUAAAUGUUCAGUUAUCCUCCUCCGUGCAUAUUCUUUCCUUCGUGUCUAACUUUCUGCAGAUCAUUCAGGCCCUCUACAACCACACCAUAAACAGCAUCAAACGGAAAUGGAGUUUGCCCAUCUGCAAGCACCUAACCGUGACGUACGAAAAGCAGACCUUCGACAACAUAGAAGAGAAGCUCCGUUACAUGCAGAAGUGCCUCUACGAGGAGGAAGAAAACACAGCAGGGAUGAACAACUCGAAUCGAACGAACGAUCCUUUAGACCAACCGGAUGGAGAGCAAUUUAUCCAAUUGACCGAAGAGGAGGAGAAACAAAUCUACCGAAAUGUGGAUCCCGAUUCAGUCGGAGAGGUAAAAAAAAUUUAUAAAAAAAAAAAUUACAUGAAUGACUCUCUGACGUAUAUUUUAGGAGCCAAGCCGUACAAUAUGAGUAAAGACAACAUAGUAAAGUACGAUAUUUUUUUAAAAAAAAAAAAGUUCAUUUUGUUGACUGGGAAAAAUAUGAGUGGCAAGACGACGCUGUCGUUUACGCUGAUGUGUAUCCUCUUUCUGGCCAACCUGGGCAUGUACGCCCCCUGCGAGGAGAAGAGCAUCGUUUCUAAAUUUCGCGAAUUCUACAGUUUGAAAAAUGUGAACUACCAAGAGCAGAUCGAAAACAUGUCCCUGUUCAGGGAGCAGACAUACUACAUAAAUUCAAUAAUCGAGGAGAUCAAGGAAAACUGCCCCUUCUCCAGGGAGUCCUCCCGGGAUGGGGAAAUUUUCAUUCUGUUCGACGAACCGUGUAUAGCGACGACGCCGGUUGACAAUGCAGUGAUCAUUAGUGCCCUGUCGGACUACCUCCAAAACUACUGCGGAAUAAUAAUCACACACAACUACGACUUGCUGAGGAAAAUUUGCCUGAACGAAAAUAUCGUUUUUAAAAAAAUAAAUGAAAGCAUCAAUUAUUUGACGACACAAACGUAUGAACAAAGAGCCACGCUGGAAAAUGGAGUUUGCAAAAACAGCGAAGCGUUGGAAACGUGUAGACACACAAAGGUGGAUGGGAAACUAUUAAACCUCUUAACUUUGUACCAACAGAAAUACAAGCGGAUACACAAUUUAAGUGACGCUCUCUAUUACAAGUUUAUCGAGUACGUAACGUGUAAGGGUGGAAAAGGAAGCAUGAAUGAUUUUUUUGAAUAUUGUUUGAAUGGCCCUUUGGAGGAAGGAAAAACACACAAAGGUGAUGUUGCCGAGGGGGAUAAAAUGUUCGAUAAAUUGGAUGGGGAUAGCUGUAUAAAUAUGACACACUCACACUGUUUGGAAUUUUUGCAGAGAGGAGACCCCAACGAGGGAACUGCCAAAAGGGAGGAUAAUUCGAAUGUGAGGGGGGAAGAGUCAUAUGUGGAAAGCUUCCCCGACUGUCGUGACGAUAAAAAUAUGAGGAGAGCCAAUUUAGACGUUGGAAUGGUUCGUGAAAUAGCCCGCGAAAUGCAGGAAAAGGAACUUACCGUGGCAAUGGAACAAAUCGAAGAUGCAGUAAAAAGGAAAGUGUUUAAAAUUGCAAUGAACGAGGAUGUCCCCAUUUUUUUUAAAAACAAAAGUGUAGUUUACAUUUUGUGCAUUUUUGCGCAAAAAAAAAAAAAACCCUAUUUUUACAUAGGGAUAAGUGACAACAUUUCCGAGAGGUUAAAGUGCCACACGAGGAAUUUAUUAAACAAUAAAAAUCUUUUAAAAAAUGAAAAAAAAAAUAACAUACUGAAUUAUAAAUUUGACAUGGACUCCUUCUACACACUUUUGUUUCACGUGGAAAACAAAAUGUUCGCGUCCAAGUAUGAGAGGGAGUUAUCGGAUUUGCUGAAGGGAGGAUAUGACAUUCUGUCCAAGUAG